AUGGAGAACUACCAAAAGUUGGAAAAGGUUGGCGAGGGCACGUAUGGCGUCGUGUACAAGGCCCGCGACCUCGCCAACAGCGGCCGCAUCGUUGCGCUCAAAAAGAUCCGCCUCGAGGCCGAAGACGAAGGCGUCCCCAGCACCGCCAUCCGCGAGAUUUCCCUGCUCAAGGAAAUGAAGGACCCCAACAUUGUCCGGCUGCUCAAUAUUGUUCACUCGGACGGCCACAAGCUCUACCUUGUUUUCGAGUUCCUCGACCUGGACCUCAAGAGAUACAUGGAGGCGCUGCCUGUCAGCGACGGCGGACGCGGGAAAGCCCUGCCCGAGGGAUCCUCGGCCACCAUUCUGCACCUCGGGCUGAGCGACGUGGUGAUACGCAAGUUCAUGAUGCAGCUGUGCGACGGCAUCAAGUACUGCCACUCGCGAAGAGUGCUUCACCGCGACCUCAAGCCGCAGAACCUGCUGAUCGACAAGGACGGCAACCUGAAGCUGGCCGAUUUCGGGCUCGCCCGCGCUUUUGGUGUACCGCUGAGAACGUAUACCCACGAGGUGGUGACGCUCUGGUACCGCGCCCCCGAGAUCCUCCUGGGCGGCAGGCAAUACUCCACCGGGGUCGACAUGUGGUCUGUUGGCUGCAUCUUUGCCGAGAUGUGCACGAGGAAGCCCCUCUUCCCCGGCGAUUCGGAAAUUGACGAGAUUUUCAAGAUUUUCCGUGCUCUUGGUACCCCAGACGAAGAAGUCUGGCCCGGCGUCACUUCAUACCCCGACUUCAAGUCCUCGUUUCCCAAAUGGAAAAGGGACUAUAGGCAACCUCUCUGCCAAAACCUCGAUGAAAAGGGCCUCGAGCUUCUAGAGAUGAUGCUGGUGUACGACCCGGCCGGCCGCAUCUCUGCCAAACAGUCUUGCAACCACCCAUACUUUGAGGACUAUCUCGCCGAGCAGCAGGAAGAAGUUGGCCGCAUGAAUGGCUACUACAAUUAG